CGAAGCUGAAAAACAAGUGAAAGAUGUAAAGCCGUGCUUGGAUCGCGAGGAAUUUUUAUUGAGAUUUUUAGCAAACUAUUUAUUUGUACAUUCUCAUUAAUUUUAUCUAAAUCAUACUUGUACGGAGAAACCGUAAUAGCUGUUCUGUCAACUUUUGAACGGCGAUUACAGGCAGGACAAUUGAUGCAAACAACAACGACAGUUUUACCAGUUUACGUCUUCAGCCAGGGUGUGAUUUCAACGAAUUUAGUCCCUGUUAUCAAAUGAGGGAUGUAGAGAAGAAUGGGAUGUAACCUGGAGGAUGUCUACUUCACAGACUAGUGUAAAAAAGCCAGCAGAUUCCAGUGGCGGUUUUGUGGGCAGGACUCAGAAACGAGAUUCUAGGAAAGUUUUACCAUCAGUGCCUGACAUUGAUCGGCAGGCUGCAUCUACACCUUCCAGUAUGAUUGACAGGUCAUCUACGCCUCGUGUCCAGUCUGGAUAUGGACAAUUCUUCCUGGAAUACUCAAUAAUGGCUGAAUACGGCCAGUUGCAGAAACAAAAUAUAUCAGGGCUGUAUGUUAUACCCUCUGCCAAAUCCCCUCUAGUGUGGUUUGGGGUGCUAUUUAUCCGUCAAGGUCUCUACCAAGAUGGCAUCUUCAAGUUCACCCUCAGCAUUCCGGAGACUUACCCAGAUGGAGGCUGCCCUAGGAUUGUGUUUGACCCUCCUGUAUUCCAUCCAAUCAUUAACCCUGACACAGGAGAGUUAGAUGUCAAACGGGGCUACCCCAAAUGGAGGAGGAAUGUGAACCAGCUGUGGCAUGUGCUUUACUACACAAGGGUUGCAUUUUAUAAAAUUGAUACAAAAUCGCCAUGGAACUCGGAAGCUGCUACUUUAUAUGAACAGAACCUAGAUGAGUUCAAAGUGAAAGUGUCAGAGACGAUAAACAACAGUAAAAAAAACCUUUAUGACCCUCCCUCCACGGAUGAUCCUCAUGAAAUCAGGUUCGGUCCGUGGGAGGUAGGAGUACAUGAAGAGGCCAGGAACCAAAUGUUAUCUCCAAAGUCAUCCCCUGAAUAAAUGGUGUAUGGGUACAUGUAGUUCUUGGGAAGAGGAGGAGCCAAAGUGACACACAGCAAGAGUCUGGGAUAGAGAAUCUUGGCCUAUCAUGGAUCGAAAAGGGGCAGACGAAAGUCUUCACGAAAGACGAGUCUCCUAACGCUUCAUAGUGAGAC